CGAGGCCGGAGGCGGGGGCUCCGCCAGGUGAGAGCCCUUCUCCGCUCCAGGGGAGGAGGGCAGGGCCCGGACGGUCGCCUGGCGGGUGCCGUUGGGGAGACAGAAGAGACCCCAGCUCAGCACAGGCACCCCAAGACAGUCCAAGCCCUCCAGGCCGUCCUUCUCCACAGGAGCCCUCGGCGGCCUGCUCCUGGGACCCCGGGCCGGGCUGGCCAGGAUGAGGUGUCCGCGCCCCCGGCGGCCCGACCUGGGCCUGGUCCUGGCCGUGGCCACCUUCGCCGUCCUGGUCCUCUUCAGCCUGCACGUGUCCACGCCGCCCAGCUGCCUGCUGCCCGAGAAGCCCCUGGGGACCCCCGAGGUCCUCCCCUGGCCCUCGCCGCCCGCGCGUCCCCGCCCUGCCCCGUGCCUCGCCAACGCCUCCGCCGCCGCGCACCCCGAUUUUGCCGGGCAGCCGCGGCACGUGCGCGACUUCCUGCUGUACCGCCACUGUCGCAGCUUCCCGCUGCUGCAGGACGCAUCACCCGACAAGUGCGCGCAGCCCGUGUUCCUGCUCCUGGCCAUCAAGUCGUCGCCCAGCAACUACGAGCGCCGGGAGCUGGUGCGGCGCACGUGGGGACAGGAGCGCCAGGUGCGGGGCGCGCAGCUGCGGCGCCUCUUCCUCGUGGGCAGCGCCGGCCACCAGCACGAGGCCCGCAAGGUCAACCGGCUGCUGGAGCUGGAGGCGAGGACGCACGGCGACAUCCUGCAGUGGGACUUCCACGACUCCUUCUUCAACCUCACGCUCAAGCAGGUGCUGUUCCUCGAGUGGCAAAAGACAAGGUGCACCGACGCCAGCUUCGUGCUCAACGGGGACGAUGACGUUUUUGCACACACCGACAACAUGGUCACCUACCUGCAGGGCCUUGACCCCGACCAACACCUCUUCGUGGGGCAUCUGAUCCAGAACGUGGGCCCCAUCCGGGUUUCCUGGAGCAAGUACUACGUGCCCCAGGUGGUGACGCGGGAGGAGCGCUACCCUCCUUACUGCGGGGGAGGUGGCUUCCUGCUGUCGCGCUUCACCGCUGCUGCCCUGCGCAGGGCUGCCCCCGCCCUGGACCUCUUCCCCAUUGACGACGUCUUCCUGGGCAUGUGCCUGGAGCGUGAGGGGCUGAAGCCCACUUCGCACAGCGGCAUCCGCACGGCUGGGGUGCAAGCCCCGUCCACCCGCCUGUCCUCCUUUGACCCCUGCUUCUACCGGGAGCUGCUGCUGGUCCACCGCUUCCUGCCCUAUGAGAUGCUGCUCAUGUGGGAUGCGCUGAGCCAGCCCGACUUCACCUGCGGCAAGCGGGCACAGGUCUUCUAAGGUCACCUCAAGGUCCCCCGCCACUGAGCUCCUGUCUCCACUUGAACAAAAACGAAGGAUCCCUUCCUCCUGGGAAGCAGGAGGAGAGGAAUUGGUCUUCCCAGGGCAGCUGAGCAUAGAGGAGCCCUGAGGUCUAAGGAGUGAAUAUGCUGCCCGGCGAACUCCUACACACCCUUCAAAACCCUCGGGGUCUGUGCUGCAGAGUUCCCUCUCCGGACGGGAGCUAACCCAGGCAAAGUGACCGGCACCUUUCCAUGGUGUCUGAUGACGGGAAGCCCCUCUGCCAGGGUUCCAGCUGUGGAUGCCUCCGGUCCCCUGGGUGAAGGCCCCACUUCCCAGUUCUGACCUGAAUCACAGACUGGACUGACACAACCCCUCCUUCCAAGUGGUGCUCUGGUCAUUUCGUGGUAGAUGGUUCCAGCCACAGUUCAAGGCCAUCCAGGGGCCCCGUGUCCACUGCAGUGGGAAGCAGCGGUCAGCCUGGGCCGGUGGCCCUACUCCUAAUGCCUCUGUGGGCUUCAGGCCCCUGGGUUAAUGAGAGACCGGCCACGGAGGCUGGGGACCGGCCCGCCCUGCCUCGCCUGUGGCAUCGAGUGACAUUGGAGGGACACAGCUGUCCGCGGAAGGCUGUGGGAGCUCAGAGUGGCUCCGGGUCCCCAGCAGGGCUUCGUCCCCACACCUGCAUCCCCCCAAGAGCUCAGGGAACGGCUCAGAGUGGGGCCAACUUGCACCCACCCACUGCCCAGGGAAGGGGUGACAGGUCCCCAGGUGGCCCAGUGUGUUUUAUAGGUGAGAGGGUCCACGAGAGCUGGUGACUCCCUGCUGCCCCCAGGCCCCAUGGGGAUGAGGCAGCUGGGCAGA